UGCCGCUGGUACUUUUCACACCGGCUUGCUUUUCUCUGUUACUCUGCACCGUUUUUGACAGUCAUCAAAGCGUGGAAUCAUCAUGGUGCUCGAUUUAGACCAAUUUCGAACCGAUAAAGGCGGUGAUCCUGAAGUAAUCAGAGAAACUCAAAGAAAAAGGUUCAAAGAUGUGUCACUUGUGGAUAAACUAGUACACGCAGACACAGAAUGGAGAAAAUGUCGUUUCACUGCCGACAACCUCAACAAGGCAAAGAAUUUAUGCAGCAAGACAGUUGGAGAGAAAAUGAAGAAGAGGGAGCCAGUUGGGGAUGAUGAUGAUUCUGUCCCAGACGACGCCCAGAAUUUGGAGGCCCUAACGGCAGACACACUAUCGCCCCUCACGGUCACCCAGAUCAAGAAGGUCCGUCUGCUUGUAGAUGAGGCAGUGCAGAAAUCUGACGGUGAGAGGGUAAAGCUGGAGGAAGAGCGCUUUCAAUACCUGCGAGAGAUCGGGAACCUCCUGCAUCCAUCUGUGCCCAUCAGUAAUGAUGAGGAUGCUGAUAACAAAGUGGAGCGCACCUGGGGAGACUGUACUGUGCAGAAGAAGUAUUCCCACGUAGACCUGGUAGUCAUGAUCGAUGGCUACGACGGAGAGAAAGGAGCUAUAGUGGCUGGGAGCCGUGGCUACUUCCUCAAAGGGCCGCUAGUUUUCCUGGAGCAGGCAUUGAUCAAUUAUGCUCUGCGGAUGCUCCACAGCAAGAACUACCAAAUGCUCUACACCCCCUUCUUCAUGAGGAAAGAGGUCAUGCAGGAGGUGGCUCAGCUCAGCCAGUUUGAUGAUGAACUUUACAAGGUGAUUGGGAAGAGCAGUGAGAAAUCUGAGGAUGCGGCCAUAGAUGAGAAGUACCUGAUUGCCACCUCAGAGCAGCCCAUCGCAGCCUUCCUGAGAGACGAGUGGCUGAAGCCAGAGGAUCUGCCAAUGCGCUACGCCGGCCUCUCCACCUGCUUCAGACAGGAAGUGGGUUCCCACGGGCGUGACACCCGAGGCAUCUUCAGGGUGCACCAGUUUGAGAAGAUAGAGCAGUUUGUUUUUGCCUCUCCUCAUGACAACAAGUCCUGGGAGAUGAUGGAUGAGAUGAUUGGGACGGCUGAAGAGUUCUACCAGACACUAGGGAUCCCCUACCGCAUCAUCAACAUAGUCUCAGGUGCUCUGAACCAUGCAGCCAGUAAGAAGCUGGACUUGGAGGCCUGGUUCCCAGGCUCCGCAGCCUUCAGAGAACUGGUCUCCUGCUCCAACUGUUUAGACUACCAGGCCCGUCGGCUGCGUAUCCGCUACGGACAGACCAAAAAGAUGAUGGACAAGACUGACUAUGUGCACAUGCUCAACGCAACCAUGUGUGCCACCACACGUGUAAUGUGUGCUAUCCUGGAGACGUACCAGACCGAAGAGGGUGUCGUGAUUCCAGAGGUACUCCGGAACUUCAUGCCUCCAGGUAUGACAGAGAUGCUGAAGUUUGUGAAGCCUGCGCCUAUUGACGUGGAGACGUCCAAGAAGCAGAAGAAACAGCAGGAUGGAGGGAAGAAGAAGAAACAGGGAGGUGGAGACCAGCUCCAGAACCAAGUGGAGAACAUGUCUGUCAACGAUUCUUAGACACCAUCAUCAUUCCUAUUCUUAAGUUCCCGUCACUUAUUAUCACAGAGCCCUGUCCUACUGUAGAACCAGAGUACUUUGGAAAAGGGAAAGGCCAUUGGCGUUGUUAGGGAAACAGCUUGGGGGUAAUGUUGGGUCUGCUGCAUGCAAUUAUCGUCACUAAGAUCCAAACAAAGUCUAUCAAGUCUGAACUCUGGAAUUCUGUGAAAUUUCGUUUGAAGCAAACUUGCGACAUCUUGUAUAUAAGGUGCUUUAAGAAAUAGGGUUGGGGCGGCAGGGUAGCCUAGUGGUUAGAGCGUUGGACUAGUAACCGGAAGGUUGCAAGUUCAAACCCCCGAGCUGACAAGGUACAAAUCUGUCGUUCUGCCCCUGAACAGGCAGUUAACCCACUGUUCCCAGGCCGUCAUUGAAAAUAAGAAUUUGUUCUUAACUGACUUGCCUGGUUAAAUAAAGGUAAAAUAAAAAAGAAAUAGGGUUGCUUUGAUGUUCUGAACUCAAUUUUAAUUAUCUUAUUGCAUAUCACCAUAAAUCGCACAUGUAAUCUGGACCCAUUUUUUUCCUACAUUGAGGUCAUUUGCUUCUAAUUACGUCUGUAUGUACUAUUGUAAGACGAGGCAUUGAUAAAGUGGUGCGCUGUAACGAUACAAUCUGAA